UCCCCACUGCAUAAAUCUCUUUAAAUGGCGAGUCCUUCAGCUGGAUUGUGCAUAUCUCCAGUGCUCAUCCGAUAUGGCACCUGUGACCGUCUCUCUCAUUCUUCUCAUUCUUUGCUGUGCAGGAGCAUUAGCAGACACCAAUGGCAAACCCCCUCCAGAAAAACCAGGAGAAUGCCCACCAAGUCUAUUAAUAGCCUGUGUUGAACCUGUGGAUGAUUUGUGCAAAUCUGACAAAGAAUGCCUUGGGAAACAGAAGUGCUGCUUCUUUAAAUGCAAUAAAGAAUGCAAGGAUCCCAUCAAGUAGAAGCCCGGGACAUGCCCACCACCAUUGAGCUUAUUUGGGGGACCAAUGCAACAUGGAAAACAUGGUGGUGACUGACGUAAUAGUCCGGGAAAAAUAGGUGGCUGGAUCCGCUGCCCCAGGUGCCCAGUCUGAAUACACCCCCAUUAGAGGCAGAUUCCUCCUCCUUCUCAGCGAUCAUAGUGACAUUUAUCAAUGUAAUAAAGCAGAAGAUGAAAAAUGA